AUGGAAGGAGAAGACGCUUUUUUUGCUGCACCACCAGCUGACGCCCCACCAGGCGAAGAUGGAACCAUGGAUCAAGGAUUUGCAUUUGUUGGCGAGGGUGGUGAGGAUGCCUAUGAUGCUCCUCCCGCCGAUGAUGCCUUUGCUGCUCCACCAGCCGACGACGCAUUUGCUGCUCCUCCUGCCGAUGACCCUUUCGGUGCCCCGCCGGCAGAUGAUGCAUUUGCUGCUCCACCAGCGGAAGACACUCCCAUUGUUUUGGGGGCUCCUUCCGAAAUGGCUCCACCAGAGGAACCGGAAGAGGUUCCUCCACCAGUGGAGGCUUCGGCUAUGAAGAAAUUCAAUGAAGAAUGGCAAGCAACUUUGAAUGAACGUCAAAGCGAGGAAGAUACCAAGAAGGCAGAAAUGGUCGAAGCUGCCCGUCUUACCAUGGAGCAAUUCAAAAAGGACCGCGAGGCCAAGCGUGAGGCCAAGAUGUCAAAGAACCGUGAAGACGAGCAAGCCAAGUUGGAGGCUAUUGAAGCAGAUUUGGAGAAUGACAACAGCUGGCAAAAGGUCAGCAAGAUGGUCGAAUUGACACACGAUGGGGCCGAAGAUGCAGAGGAUGUCAAGAGAAUGCGAGAUGUCCUUAUUUUGUUGAAGAACGAACCUUCAAGAGCAGAGGCUGUAGGCGCCUAA